AUGGCUAUGGAUCGGAUCGCUUGUUUCUCUUCGUCGUCCGUUUAUCGUCGUUCUUCUCAUUACCAUGGCUCCAGAUCUUCCAGAGUUUUCAUGGCUUCCACUAUUCGUCCUGCAUCUACAGAGGUCACAAAUGGAAAGAAACUACACAUCCCUCCUCGCGAGACUCAUGGUCAAGUGAAAUAUUCGAUGCCACCACAGAAGCUGGAGAUCUUCAAGUCUUUAGAAGGAUGGGCUGAUGAGAACUUGCUGGCUUACCUAAAACCUGUUGAGAAAUCUUGGCAGCCGAGUGAUUUCCUCCCUGAGCCUGAGUCAGAAGGAUUCUAUGACCAAGUUAAGGAGUUAAGAGAGAGGUGUAAGGAGCUAUCUGAUGAAUACUUUGUAGUGCUUGUUGGUGAUAUGAUCACAGAGGAAGCUCUUCCGACUUAUCAGACCAUGAUUAACACCUUGGACGGGGUUAGGGAUGAGACAGGAGCAAGUCCUACUCCUUGGGCGGUUUGGACGAGAGCUUGGACUGCUGAAGAGAAUAGGCAUGGAGAUCUUCUUAACAAGUAUCUUUAUCUGUCUGGAAGAGUAGACAUGAAGCAGAUCGAAAAGACAAUUCAAUAUCUGAUUGGUUCUGGAAUGGAUCCAAAAACUGAAAACAAUCCUUAUUUGGGUUUCAUCUACACUUCAUUUCAAGAAAGAGCUACAUUCAUCUCCCAUGGAAACACAGCCGGGCUGGCAAAGAAGCUUGGGGACUCGAAACUCGCGCAGAUUUGUGGCACCAUUGCUGCUGAUGAGAAGCGCCAUGAGACUGCAUACACCAAGAUUGUAGAGAAGCUCUUUGAAAUUGAUCCUGACACCACAGUGUUGGGAUUUGCUGACAUGAUGAAGAAAAAGAUAUCGAUGCCUGCUCAUUUGAUGUACGAUGGUCGUGAUGAUAAUCUGUUUGACCACUUCUCGUCCGUGGCACAGAGGCUUGGUGUCUACACUGCUAGGGACUAUGCUGAUAUACUGGAGUUUCUUGUGAGACGAUGGAAUGUGGAGAAGUUGUCAGGCCUUUCUAGUGAAGGACAUAGGGCUCAGGACUAUCUCUGUGGAUUGCCAGCAAGGAUCCGCAAACUUGAAGAGAGGGCUCAAGGGAGAAACAAAGAAGCUGCAAAAAACGUACCUUUCAGCUGGAUUUUCGGUCGGGAGAUCAGGGCUUAA